AUGUUAUCAUCACUUGAGAAACACAAUGAAAAGAGUGACCCUUCCAAGCUUUCUAUGCAGCCAUCAGAUGAAAAUAGCACUAACUUAACGUCUGGCAUUGUAUCCGACAAGACUAUGGAGACUAUCCAAGUUGAACAUGUGAACAUUGAUGGUGUAGUUAAUCCUAAUAUGUUACAUUCACAUUUAGCAAUGCUAUCGAAAUUCAACAGCCUAGAACAGCAAGAUAAUGAAAUCGAUCAACAAUAUUUAUUACGUGCUGAAAAACGGUAUUUAUUGUGGUUAGGACUAUUGAAUAAUAAGUCUUUUAAAGAUGUUGAAGAGGUGCCCAUUCCACCAAUCGAUGUAUGCCUAAUUUGGCACGCACAUUUACUUUCACCAUUUCGAUAUUAUGAAGAUAUGCGACGUCUGCAUGAUCCAUCAUCAAAAGAAUAUAGUUUCCCAUUGGCUAAAUUACAUGAACUUUGGAGCCAAAAUAAAGGAGAUCAUUUCGAUGAACGAUCAAAACAAUUUUGGGAGGAGAAUACUAAACAAUCAUGGGUUCUUGAUCCAAAUGAUGAUUCAAGUUUUGAAUUAGUUUGUCCAUGGUGCUCUACAACAAUAAUGAUAGCAGCUAAAUGCAAUUGUAAGCUGUCAGUUGAAACUCUGAGUGCUAAGAGAUUCUUAAAUGACAUUCAAAAAUACAAUGAUGAAAAACAAGUUUACAUUGCAGGCACGUUAGUUAGUGUUGUUGAUGGCGAAUAUAGUGAAGAGAAAGCUAUUUCUGACUCGGAUUAUAUGUUCAAUUUAAGUACAUGGAAGGAACUUUUAGAUAAAGCAAAGACAAGUUCUGAAAAUUGUAAUUGGGAAAAAAUUUCCAAAAAGAUAAAAAAUAGAAUCAAUGAACUAAAGUCUCAACGUUUAUUUGUAAAUGUGCGUAAAGGAAUUCCCCGAAAUGUUAUCCAUGCUUAUUCAGGAAUUAUAUCACCAUUUUCGAUAGAACUUGUGAGUGCUGUAGUACGUCAACGUGAAUUUACUCAUAAAAUGGUUGAUAAUGCCUGGGUAAAUAAUAUAACUGUCCAGGCUCAAGCAACUAUUAGAUAUCAUAGGUUUUUACUUCUGCAAAAAGACACCGGUAAACUCUUGGUUCCAACAUUGGAUAUUGAUCUAUGCUGGCAUACACAUAUGCUUUUUGCGUCAUUAUAUCGUAAUUUCACCAAGAAUCAUAUGAAUCGAAUUAUUAACCAUGAUGAUACAUUGUCAAAAUCGUCACUUGCUGAUGGAUUUGCUGAAACUUCUAAUGCUUGGUAUAAAAAAUUUAAAGAGCCAUAUACAUGCGAGCACCCAAACAAGUAUUGGUUAACAACAAAGAAGAAGAUCGCAGCAGCAAUCUUACCACCUUAUGCUAUUUAUCUAAUGUAUAAGAUGAAUAAAUAUAAAAAGGGCACGGCUAAACAAGAGAAUACGCAAAACGUUUCAAAAGAAGCCAAUGAAAAGAUUGCAGAUAAAGAAAAAGGGUAA